AUGAGAUUAAUCGGAGUCCUUGGCGGCUUCUUUCUCGCAACCACCCUCGGCGUACCACAUUUUCUGGUCAAUGCUCUUCUACAGGUUCAGCUCACUAGAAGAAUCAUUAAAUGUACGGGACGAUAUGUUUCAAACUCUCCAAACCACUUGAACAGCCAUGAACGACAGGCGUCCAAGAACGACCAUCCAGAGACAUCAUCGGAUGUGACACGCUUAGCAUCCACAAACAUAUCCGCUAGCGAAUACGGCGAUAUCCAGAGAUAUAAAAACCGUGCUGCUCUAACAGAGCAUGCGCUUAAAUCGCAAAGGAAUGACAUGAUUGCAAUACAGGGAAAACUUUUGAUUUUACAAGACGUAGUUGGCAAGUUGAAGAUAAAAGCCGAGACCAAAAGCCAAGAAGCAACCCACUGGAAGAGGCAACACUUGGACGGAGAAAUGAUGCAUCGAGAGGCGCAGAGUGAUAUGAAACGACUGACUCACGAAUACCAGCAGGGCAGACGGGAACUAGAGGAGCAAACGAAGGAUUACCAACGAGAUCUCAAUGCCUUCAAGCAAGCGUAUGAUUCAGAGCGGAGGCGUUGGCAAGAAGAGCAAAUGAAGCAUACAGAAUCAGAGAAAGAUCUUCGAUUGAAAAUAAAAGCGUUGCAACAGGAGUUGUUUGACAUGGAUGCGUCGUUUGAGCUCACCCAGGAACAGCUAUUGACCAAGCAGCAACACCUCAAGAGAGAGAAGACUAUGACCCAGCAAGCACUCCACGCGGAAUUCCUAACUUCAUCAUCUCUGCGUAAAGAUAUUGCUGAGGCUCGUCUAGAACGCGAUGAAGCGCUGAUACGGACUCGGAACCAAACGACAAUGGAAGAGUCCAUGGAAAUUGCGAAGGCUUCUGUCACUGCUGCUGAACGACGCGAAAGCGAUAUUCGAGUUGAGUGCGAAAUGCUGCAGAUAUACAUAUUGAAACUCGGUGCCGAAAAAGAAAUCUUGAACAAGCGUUUGGAAGUUGCGCAAAAACAACGUGACAAGGUCGACAAAGAAUUGCGGAAUGUCAAGGACCUUUCGACCGAGAGAGACAGCCUUCGUGCAGAAGUAGCUCUGUUGAAGAAGCAAGUCGAGACGGCGGAAUCGCAGUACGCAGACACAGGAAACAAAGAUGAAUUUCAAUUUGAAAAAGAAGUUGACAUGAUGCAGGACGAGUACAAAAAUCGCGAAAGGGAACUAGAGCUUCUUCUUGAAGAACGAACAAGUUACCGCAUACUGCGGUUGUGGCAACGAUUUAGAGAGCGCUUUAAAAGGAGAGGACAAAAAAGAAACAGUAAGAUAUAG